CCCUCUCUCUGGGCUGAAAAACUUGUCAGACUCUGGAUAUAAGAAAUGUUUUACAAAGAAGAAUAAAUGUAGGAAAGGCCACACAGGAGUUAAGCUUAGCUGCAAAGACUGUGGCAAAACAUUUAUGGCAAAAUCAACUUUAAACAGACACAUGAGAAUCCAUACAGGAGAGAAGCCUUUCUGUUGUGAUCUGUGUGGACAGAGAUUUAGCGAAAAAGGAUAUUUAAACAAACACAUGAGAGUCCAUACAGGAGAGAAGCCUUUCUGUUGUGAUCAAUGUGGACAGAGAUUUAGCAUAAAAAGUUCUUUAAACACACACAUGAGAGUCCAUACAGGAGAGAAGCCUUUCUGUUGUGAUCAAUGUGGACAGAGAUUUAGCAUAAAAAUUUCUUUAAACACACACAUGAGAAUCCAUACAGGAGAGAAGCCUUUCUGUUGUGAUCUGUGUGGACAAAGAUUUAGCGAAAAAAGAAAUUUAAACACACACAUGAGAAUCCAUACAGGACAGAAGCCUUUUUGUUGUGAUCAAUGUGGACAGAGAUUUAGCAUAAAAAGUUCUUUAGACAGACACAUGAGAAUCCAUACAGGAGAGAAGCCUUUCUGUUGUGAUCUGUGUGGACAAAGAUUUAGCGAAAAAGGAUCUUUAAACAAACACAUGAGAGUCCAUACAGGAGAGAAGUCUUUCUGUUGUGAUCUAUGUGGACAGAGAUUUAGCAUAAAAAGUUCUUUAGACAGACACAUGAGAAUUCAUACAGGACAGAAGCCUUUCUGUUGUGAUCUAUGUGGACAGAGAUUUAGCAUAAAAAGUUAUUUAAACACACACAUGAGAAUCCAUACAGGACAGAAGCCUUUCUGUUGUGAUCUAUGUGGACAGAGAUUUAGACAAAAAUCUACUUUAAACACACACAUGAAAAUCCAUACAGGACAGAAGCCUUUCUGUUGUGAUCAGUGUGGACAAAGAUUUAGCACCAAAUCUGAUUUAAACAGACACAUGAAAAACCAUACACUGCAAGACAAGGCAAGUUUGUUGUUUAGUACAUUUCAGUACAAGGACAAUGCAACUGAAACUAAGGGCAAAGAAUGAUUUUUAUAAACAAUUGGACUAAAAUGGAAUGCAUGGGGGACCAGGGACACGUCUAAAGGAAGUAUGACAACAGUUACAUUUAGUUUGGCUUUAUGGGCAGUGGGGAUGAGAGACCAAAAUGUGUUUGUCUUCAAUUGCUAGCAAUUGAGCUUUGUAUCUGGCGGUGCAGCGCAUCGUAAUAAGUAAGAAGCCACAUUCAGUUGGAAUGAACCUUGUGUUUCCUGCUGCAGUGGACAUCUGUGAGGUUCUACUUGGCACAGAAGCAGCUAACAAUUUAAAAACUGCCCUGCCUUAAGAUGACACGGUGAGGAGAAGAAUUAAAGAACUAUCUGCCGACAUUUAGGUACAGUUAUUGGAUAGACUUCUUUCAUUGAUGAAUAGCUGUGACUGUGU